CUUUCUCAUAGAACAAAACGCAUAUAAAGAACUUUGACUUUCUUCUCCGUUUCUUUCAUUUCGGUACACCAACAUCUUCUUCAAAAAACACCACCCCCAUCCCCAUUCACCGCCCUUUCCCCAGAAAUGAUUGCUCCUGCUAUGCUCUUGAUAGCCUUGGCUUUGGUGCAAUCCACCUUGGCAACCCCUACCUUGUUCCCACGUCAAGCAGGUAUCGUACCGCCCAAUUCAACGGUAUCAUUAGAUCCUGCAUAUCCAACUAAUGUGGGUUUCUUGGGUCCAACGAAAGCCGGUCAAGCACCUUUCUUGGCUGAAACAGAUCGCAUCAAUACCACUUGUCCCAAAACUGGAGCUUCGAUCGAAUUACGUUACACUCCUUUAAAUGGAACCGCUCCAUGCAACAAUGGAAGUGACAAUAUCACCAGUUCAAGCACACCUAUCGCUCAAUUAUGGGGUAAUACUUCGCCUUACUUUCCUUCGCCCAUCUUCCCAAAGACGCAAAAGUAUCGCCAAAUCGAUGAACAAUGCACAAUCGAAAAAGUUAUCAUCAUUCACCGUCACGGAUCUCGUUAUCCGACUUCAAGUCCCACUGAAGGAGCGCCCUAUUUCGGUCAAUUAAUUGCCAACGCAACAGCAGCUAAGAAUUUAUCAGUCAGCGGUCCUUUGGCAUUCUUGUCCAAUUGGACCUAUAAGCUUGGUGCUGAAUUACUCGUACCACAAGGCGCUCAAGAAGAAUUUAAUUCUGGUAUUAAACAUUAUUAUGACUAUGGUGCAUUAUACAACGAAACCAAGAACCUUGCUAAGCCUGUCAUUCGUACCACAAGUGAAUCAAGAAUGUUGGAAUCUGCACAAUAUUGGACUGCAGGAUUCUUUGGUCUUAAUGCACCUAACAUGAUCGAUUUGCAAGUCAUCUUGGAAGGUGAUGGAUUCAACAAUACAUUGGCACCUUAUGAUACCUGCAACAACUCCAACACAAUCACUGUCGGUGAUACUUACUUGACACCCGUUUGGGAAAAGAUCUAUUUGAAAGAUGCUGCCGCUCGUUUACAAAAAUACGUUCAAUCCGGUUUCAACGUUACCACGAAAGAAGCAUAUGGAAUGCAAUCUUUAUGUGCAUACGAAACAGUUGGAUUGGGAUAUUCUCAAUUUUGUGAAUUGUUCACUGAAGAAGAAUGGAAAGGAUUUGAAUACUUUUUGGAUUUGCAAUUCCAAGGUGAUUAUGGUUUCAUGAGUCCUAACGGUAAAGCUCAAGGUAUUGGACUUGCACAAGAUAUUUUAGCAAGAUUGACCAAUUCUACCGUUCCGGCCGAUCAAGUAACAACACAAAAUACCACCAUUCUUCCCGUUCCAAACAAUCAAACCAUUUAUGCCGAUUUCACCCAUGAUGAUAACGUUUUAAGUACUUUGACCGCUCUCAACUUUACACAAGUAGCAGGCGAAUACCUGCCUGCUAACAGCAUGGAUGAGCGUCGUACAUUUGUGUUGUCUCACAUCACACCAUUUGCAGCUCGAUUGGUAUUUGAAAUUGCAUCAUGCAAAGGAAGUGAUGAGAAAAUUAUCCGUACAAUCUUGAACGAUGCCUUGGUUCCAAUGGACGAAGGACAAGGUUGUGCAGGACAUGCAAAUGGAACGUGUAACUUGAACGAUUUCAUCAAAUAUCAAAAUGAAAACGCUUACAAAGCAGCCAACUUUGAUACAGCUUGCUUUGGAACCAAUGGCACGGAUUUCACCAUCACUGGACCAAGUACCAGAAACGGUACAGUCGGUUGAUCAUAUGAAUCAGGUGACGGGCUUUGAUGUAAAUAUUACUCUAAUAUUAUUCCGAGAUAAUCUUCCUUCAUUCCACACUAAUGCCAGCUGGUCUGCUUACUUUUUCAUUUGGUGUGAGAUAAUUUAGAGAUCAGCAAAUGCCGAGGAUGUGUGUUGUGCCUUCAAGGUCAUUUCCGUAUCCCGUUAGCAAGAUGUACGGAGCGUAGAAACAAUAGAAUAGGCCGACGUUCAAUCUAUGCGAGGAGGCGUAUUUGUAUGCCCCGCCCGCGUACCGUUGAUGCAUAUGCAGUGCAAAAGUCUAGAAGCAAACACAAUCAAGCCACAAACAAACACGUUGCAUUAAACAGCCCGAACUGGUGAUCACUUUUCCCCGCGUUCCGAUUGAGGUUUGUUGUUCUGGGGUAAUAAAUCAUACAUACACUCGGUCAUCAUCCUCC